UCGCUCUUUUUUUCUCCUUUCAGGCAUAAGGAGUUCUUCGUCUGUUACUUUAAUGGCGAGCGCCACUAAGAAGGUCGAUAAAAUUCGUCAAAUCGUUCAACUGAAACAAGUGAUAAAGCGUUGGAAGGCAAUGAGCCUCAGGUGCCGUUCAGUACUCUCUUACCCUGACGACUCAGAAUCGGAUUCCAACUCCGGUUCCUCCCGCCGCAUUCCUCCCGGUUUCCUCGCCGUCUACGUUGGUCUGGAGCGGAAGCGUUUCUUGAUUCCAACUCGAUACCUCAACCUCCCGAUCUUCAUUUCUCUGCUCCAGAAAGCCGAAGAGGAAUUCGGGUAUCAGGCCCAUGGCGGCCUCGCUUUGCCUUGCGACGUGGGAUUUUUUAAAGAGCUUCUGAAGGUUCUUGAGAAGGAUGAACAAAGCUUCAGGAGAUUGGAGUUGGAUGAGUUCUUGAAGAUGUUUUCUGAAGUGGGUCUUGAUUCGUGUAAGGAAGGGAACAACUCUUGCAAUGGAUUCACUCCCCUGUUGCAGAAAGCUAGGGUUUGAUGAUGAUCUUGGUUCUAGUUUAAUCCCCUCCCUCCUUUCACUCGGUUGAUCUUCCAUG